AUGAAUCAUCAAUUCCUUACCGCCACGAUGAUUCUAUGCUCUAUGCUUCAUCGAGGGCAGACACUGGAGCGCGAACAAGACAUUCGUGCGGCGCUUCACCGAUGUAGGGCAAUUUGGAUGAGACGGAGCGGGAGUUCCAAAGAAGCCAAGAAAGCGGCCGAGACUGUCAACUUCGUUCUGGCUCGGGCAGAUGAUGGAAGAAGGCACAAUAUUGCACUAACACAAGCCAUCACGCGUUCUGGUAGCUAUUUUCCGCUCAAUGAUGUUUCGCUUGACAGUUUAGAGCCCGCAGGCUCUCUUCCAGGCGACACUACAGUGUCAUCGGAUUAUAUGAGCUUAUUUGAUCGUGAGAGUCUCUCCCUGCUACGCCGACUACUUUGUGAUGACUGGCUCUCUUGGCAGCUUCACAUCCCCGGGACAGCCGAGCCAAAACUUUCUACCAGCCCAGAAUUUUGCAAUGAAUAUGAAUGGCAUGGAAAGGCGGCCUAA